AUGUCCGCUCAGGACUCACCACCUCCGCCACCGGCCGCUGCUCUAGCGUCGGCGGUACACACGACCCGAGCGCGUACGCGCUCCCACAACCCCGACCUCCAAACCUCAACGGCCCCCGCGCCGCGCGUAUCCCGCCGCACUCGCACUGCAACGGAUGGGCCGGCCAACACCUUCCUCGCUCCACCUCUGUCCCGCCAGCUUUCCUUCGAGCCGGCGUCAUCUGCCUCCACUUCACCGACCUCGGCGGACUUCGGCUCUCUCGGCGCUAGAGUCGUUCUCUCCGUUGCCGCUGAAUCUACCACCAGCUGUGGCACUCGGCCCUUCCGUCGAGCUCACCCUUCCCUUCUCGACCUCUAA